GCAGAGCGCACGCACGCCCUGUUACUGCCAGUUCGAAUCGUGCUUAAAUUCUAUAACUUUGUGUAAACUAAUCCUGGCAUGUCACCCUUUGAACAUUUCCAAGUUUUAAGUGAAUCGAGUGGUUGGUGAAAACUUUGGUGGAAUGAAAUGUUGAUAAACAGAUUUUAUUGGCUUGUACAACUUAUGAUGGACACCAUUGGAACAAUUUAUUAAUUGUGGUUUUCUAAAAGAUCCAACAUGUACGGGACGUCAACGGCGUCGACGACGUCGGGCUCCCGCGGGGCGAGCGUGGCCGUGGACCGGCGCGUGCGCGUGGUGCGCCUGAUGCGCGCGCGCCGCGCCGCGCCCGCCUUUGGUUUCUCGCUGCGCGGGGGCCGGGAAUACGCCACGGGCUUCUUCGUCUCGAAAGUGGAAUUCAACUCCGAAGCUCAUCUGCAAGGACUCAAGGUGGGCGACCAACUGGUGAGCGUGAACGGCUACCGAGUGGACGACGCGGUGCACGGCGAGCUGGUUCACUACCUCGCGUCACAGUCACGCCUCAAGAUCAAAGUCAGACAUGUGGGAAUGCUACCAAUAAAAGACAAAGCCCACGAGUCGCUGUCGUGGCAAUACGUGUCAGACCGCGCGUCGCUGGGGUCCGACGUGUCGUCGUCGCCGACGCUGUGCCACGACACGGAGCGGAUGGCCGACCUGCGACUGUCCAUCCUGGUUCCGCCCAGGGCCAAACUAGGUUGCGGGAUCUGCAAGGGGCCCGAGUGGAAGCCUGGCAUCUUCGUGCAGUUCGUGCGCGAGAACGGGAUCGCGCGAGAGGCGGGCUUGAGGCCGGGGGACCAGAUACUAGCGUGCAACGGACAGGAUUUUGCCAACGUUUCUUUUAAUGAUGCUAUAUCAGCCAUGAAGGCAUCGGGCCGCCUGGAGCUGCUUAUCCGCGAAGGAGCCGGCACUGAGCUGGUGUCCCCGGAGAGUUCCGGCUACAACAGUUCGGCGUCAUCGGCCGCAGGGGAGCGGAGCCCCGCGCCGGUCGCCCACGUCCCGCUGGCCCCGCCGGCGGCGCUGAGGAGGCGGCUCGCCAGUGUGGCGGAGGAGGCUGCUGAUCGUGCUGAUAGACUGAAUAUGAAUCGACUGAAGCGUCGGACAUGGGAUAGUUUAGAUUUCGACUGGAAGAAUAUGGACAUUCACAACUUCGACGCACCAUCAGAUAUAGAACCUGAUUACGAUUGCCCUAGUAUACCAAAUAACCCCCACACCUACGAAAAUAAAAGUAAUAUUAGGAAAAAUAAUAUUAAUAAGAAAGAAAUAAUUAGCAGCCCAUCAAAUAGAACUAUAAUUAAUUUAACUGAAGACGGUGCCACGAUACAAUGUAGUUACGACAAUCAAUCUUCUAGGAAAAGUACAUUUUCUGCUAAUCAGUCGAAUAGGGACAAUGACAAAAAAACCAUAGUGGUCGAGGUGCAUCACACGAGCGCUCCAGCGUGUGGAAAGCCACACUGCAACUACCCGCCUCCAAUGAAGAAAGACCUAAGCUCUGACACUACAAGCAUUUCUAGUUGCGGGACGCUAUCGAGUGCUAUCGCCGAAGAGAUACAGAAACGAAAAUUGAACAAGAAGAAUUCGAAUCCAGAGAACAGCCUACCUUUGAGUCUCAUAAAGAAGGCGAGCUUACCGAUCCCGACCGACGACAAGAAGAAGCAGCACGAUGCCCUGAUGGACGAGUUCAAGAAGGUCCACCGGAAGAUGUUCGCGGGGCAGGAUCCCGGCGAAGCCACGAACCCUGAGAACAAUGAUGUUGACAGUUUGGAUCGCCAGCAAACGCUACCGCUGAGGAAGAUAGAAGCUCAGUCGGAAAUCUUUACCAACGGGCACCAGCAGGCGAAACGAGAAGUGACCAACGGACAUACGCAGCAAAUACGCGAAACUUACAACGGGCAUGUUGAACAAAAACGCGAUGCAGCGAACGGGCAUGUAAGCCAAGCUUUGAACGGGCACAUUCUACAAAAACGUGACGACUUGAAUGGGUUUCAGCAAAAGCGAGAAGUGGCGAAUGGACAACCGCAUUCUAAUGGGCAUCUGCAGCAAAAACGAGAAGCCGCGGACAACCCUCCUCCACCACCGCCGAUGCCAGCGGUGAAUGGUCAACAGAACGGAGAACAUAAAAAACUAGACAUAUCGAAAUCGAUUCCAAAAACACUUAACACAGAUCUGGUUAACUCUUUGAACCAAAGAAAUGGUUCGUUGGCACGAACGCCGACGCCCGACUACAAUAGCAAGACAGAUUUUAAGACACAAUUUAAAUUGAAGAGCGUGAAAGAUGACAAGGCCGAACUGGACUCGCUAGAGUCGUAUACAUUAAAAAAUCCCGCUAACGUGCACCCAAAGCCGCCAUCGAAUUAUUUUGUAAAAGCGCCGAACGGUACAGCUACGAUGAAGAAACACCUGAGACCGGUGUCUGUCACGAUAGGGGAGUACGCCGGGGGCGGGAACAGCCGGCGCGAACCUUCCAAGCUGGAGUUCCUCAAUGGUGACAAACCUGACGGGCCUAUGCCGGCAGACGAGGAUGAACAUAUUUCCAAUAGACUUCAGUCCGAGUUAGCGCUCACACUUUCUAGGUCCAAUUUACGCAAAAAGACUGACGCAUUGGGUUAUCAGAUAGGUCCAGAUAUCCGGAGAGUAGAUAACAACGAAGAUAGUGAUUGGUCUAUUGACAAAAAUUUUCACGCCAGAUAUGGAAACAAUCUAUUGCCUCUACCACCGAGUAUAACAAUACCCAAAGUAUCAAAAGUAAACCAUUGAGAGGCGUUACAAAUAUCUUCAAAUUUUGUUAUUGCGUCAUUAUCCAUUGUCUUUUACACAAUGAUGAUUUAUUAUAUGUAAGAAUGACUCAAUCUUAUACCUAACAAAACAACUAAGUCCUAUUUAACACAAGUCUUCAUCUACCAAUACCUAUCAAUAUCACGAGCACAAUCAAUUUCGAUAUGCACGAGUGAAAUUAAAAAAGAAACACUAGAGUGGUGUGAAAUUUCUAAUCGAAGUAAGUAGGGAAGGGAUAGAG